UUCAUAUUUUCAGACUGAAAUUACGAAAAGGCUGAACAUCAUCAUGGCCCAAAUACUCCCGUUUUUGUCCCAAGAGCAUCAGCAACAAGUAGCUGUUGCAGUGGAGCGGGCCAAACAAGUCACCAUGACGGAACUGAAUGCAAUAAUUGGGCAACAACACUCGGGUCUCGCACAACUAAUGCAACAGAUGCACGCUCAGCAGCUGCCACCUCACACCCAUGUCCCCCCUGUUCCCAUGAUGUCUCAUGCAGCGUUAGCAGGUUUACAGCCACCGAUAAUGCCACCAAGCAGCACCACAGGGUUAUUGGCGCUAUCAGGGUCCUUGACAGGUGGUGCACCCACUUCUCAACUGUCGAAUAACAUUUUGAGCUCUUCAUCCACUCUCAAGGAUCAUCGAGAUAACAAACGAACCAACUGUAUGUGUUGAAAGUUUGUAUUUUUGUUUACAAGAGAAUAAAAUAUAACUUAUGAUUUGAGAUUCAAAACUAUUGUUAAACUCUCUGACCUAAUAUGUCGAAGUAAACACAUUUUUUUAUAUAUUUUUUUUUUGCUAUAUAUUUAAGUAUGGACUGAAGAAAGAAUAAUGAAAUAAAUAGGCUGUAAUUGUUCAGUUUAUUGAUAUUUGUGGAAUAUGAUAAACCUCUGUUUACAAGCCGAAUGAUAAAAUUUACAAAUUUCUCUUGUUAAAUAUUACAUAAAUGUCAGUUUUUUAAUAUUAUUUGUAUCAUUUUCUUAUAGUUGAACUAUGGUUAUUUAAAAACAUAACCUAAACAACCAAAGCAGCAGGGGGAAUUUAGUUAGUAUUUAAUUAUUAUAGUUUUGCUGACCUAGUAUGGUAGUGAAGUAUUGUAAUAUGCAUAUAUAUAUAUUUUACACUUAACUGUCUUAUCUUCUUGAGUGUUAUGGACUGUUCUCUUGUAACUAUAAUAGCCAAGAAGUACUGAAUGCGAUAAAGCAUGUAAUUAGUAGUCCUAACGUAACUACACGUUUCAAGUAAAGUUGUAUUGACCUUAAAAUGUAAACAAGGCUUAGGUGGAUAAAGAAGGUUAGCAACGUAUUGACCUUAACAAGGCUUAGGUGAGUAGGAAGGUUGCCAACCUUUGUAGAUGGGUAAGCCAAAUCUUAUGAGAAAGGACUACUUCCAUCGGAGCUGGUUCCGUCGAAACCUCACUGCGUUUAUCAACAUUUCACCAACAAGGAGAAUUGCCAUUCUAACACAUGA